AUGAAUCAGAUGACGGACGAUGAUCUUCGAAAAGAGUUGCGUCGACUAGGAGUGAAUUUCGGUCCCAUAACGGAUACAACGCGUUCCUUCUAUUAUAACAAGAUAGCAAAGCUCAAGGAAAACCAGAAUACACCAACGACGAAUAAACCGGAACCCCCGCGAAGGACCACUCGUGGAACAGCGGUUAAAUCAUAUUCGAAAACAAUUCCAAGUGAACAGUACAGCGAUGAAGAUUUGUUCGGAAGGCGGAGUACCGAAGGAGACAGUUUCGAUGAAUCACCUGAUCUUGGUAGGCCUUCGGCUGUUAUUCCCGGAGAAGCAAAUAUCCACAGUGCAUCAUCUUCGCCGCCUUCACAGGACAGACGCGGCAAGUCAUUGAGAUUGUCCGACGACACGUUCCCCGACGUUGUACCCGGAGUAGCGAAUCUUCUGAACUCUGGAUCUGCUACCUUUCGUACGUCACAUGACAUGGCGAAACCAUUAGUCGUUAACGAACGCGUCGCUGAUACUCGUAGCACGUCGUCCAAGCUGUGGUCCAGCUCUGACCAGUCGACCACCGACGGCUUUAUGCCGAAGGCUUUUGGUAUCGGUUCGCAAACGAAACCCUCGGUUUUGAACUCCACGAAUAUCCGAGAUUCCAUUGCCACGGAUUCCUUGCCCUAUUCUGUCAAAACUGAUGACCUCGUUCGACGAAGGUUGCAUACUGAUAGCAGCAGCUCUUACGGUAUCGGUUCCGGGGGCUACGGCUUUGGUAAAUCAGCUGCCUCUCGACCUAAAACUGUCACGCAGAACAAACCUGCGGGUUUCGGAAUAGGGAGUGAUAGAAAAGGUUUAGUUUCGGCACUUCCGUCAAGUCUGGCUCCUGACUAUAAGUUUGACACCCCGUAUUCGCGGCGGACAAUUGGUGGCGAGCCUGAUAAAAGUCUCUUUUAUCAUUAUAACGGAGUGGCAGAGCCGUUUUACGACAGUAAUGCAUCGAAGCGGCGUCCAGUUCUGUCGUCAGUAGCCCGGGGCCUCGUCUCUCGCCGACCAGUGGGCUCCUUCCAGUCAACGGCGAUGGCCUGGUGGCGCCAGAGCUGGGUGCAGAACAUAAAGUUUUCCAAGUAUUUUUCAGAGCAUACUCCCAGACAUGUCAUUAUGCUGCUGUCUGUUUUCUUUGCUUUGCUCACCAUCGCUUAUUUCAUUGUUGUUCAUACCGGCAAGCUGAAAAUCGGAGCUAGAAUUGUCGAAGGAGCUCUGGCGGACACUGUUUCUUUCGUUUACGGGCAGAUGAUUUUGCCGCUGCUCAUCAUUGCUGCCGUCGCGGCCGUAGUCGGUUUGCUGUACCUCUUCAGAAAAUACCAGCUUGAACGACAGCAGAUGGAAUGCAAGAAGAUAUUUGCUUUGGUGGAGAAGAUAAUUGAAACGGUGCGUGAAAGACACGAAGAGAGUGAGCUGAACAAGAACAUAGUGCCAUACAUUGCCAUCCCAAGAGUGCGCGAUAUGCUUAUUUCUCCGUACAACAGGCUCGAAUUGAUGCCAGUCUGGGAGAAGGCCGUACGAUACUUGAACGAAAACGAGUCACGUGUUCGAGCAGAAGUACACUCGAUCAAUGGCGAAGAGGUGAUGGUGUGGCGAUGGUUGCAGACCGGUGACGACAAAAUUUGGCAAGGACAUGCAUUUCCAGAAGAUCAGAAGGCGUUAAAUCUGCCGAUACUUCCCUAUUUCGAAUGCUUGAAGCUCAGAGGAUUGUUCGAACCCGAACUUGAGUCAGAAGAUGACUGGUCAGAACACAUCAGGGAUGCUAUACUCGAGAAACUCGGUGACUCGAUCCAUGUUGUUCACCUGUUUGUCGAUGGCAAUUCUAAAGAGGGUUGUGUCUAUCUGAGACUGAGGACACGAGAAGAAGCUGGGGAAGCGUAUAAAAGACUGCAUGGUUAUUGGUUCAACGGUAAGCCAAGCAUGGCCGUACAGUUAAUAUUCACCUGA